GCGAGUGUUGCGUUUGAGGAAGUUGCUCAAUAUGGGAAAAAGAAGAACACACGUUUGAUGGACUUGCUGCUUAAAAACAUGUCAGCGUAGAAAUAAGACGUAAACACUCAUUGAGUUAAUUGAAUUGAUGACAGAAUGUCAAAUAACUCGGUGACGCCUUCUACUUAUAUUCGUAAACUACGCUACAGUUUGCUUUGCAGGUUGGCCGACUUUUUAGACCCACAGGACCGAUGGAAAGACGUCAUCACGUCCAUCCGGAAGUCAGAUGGCGACUUUAGGUACUCUCAGCAUCAUGUCAAGAGAUUUGAGAGCCUGGUCUCACAGGGGAAGAGUCCCACAGUGGAGCUGCUGUACGACUGGGGCGUGUCCAACUCCACGGUGGGAGAACUUGUGGACAUCCUCAAGAGCCACAAGUUAUUGGCAGCUGCUAGUGUGCUCUUACCUGUGGACGAGGAUGUUUCUAUGGAGGUGACCCGUGCCUCUUUUGCAACACAAACACACAGCAGCCUUCCAACUUCUCCAACCAGGAAGCUAAAUGAGACGGAGAAGACCGAGUUAGCGCCUGCUGAGCCACAACCACGCAUCCAACUGGAGGAGAGUGAACCAACCCAUAAACAAGGUUUCACCAGUUUCUCAUACAACCAGCUGAUGAACAUUACCGGAAACUUUGAUGAGCGUCCCGUGUCGGCCGGCGGCCGCAGGCUGGGAGAAGGAGGCUUCGGGACCGUCUUCAAAGGCCUCCUUGGCGACAAAGCUGUGGCGGUAAAAAAGCUCAACCCAGUAGACGACGUCUCACCUGAGGAGCUGCAAACUCAGUUCAACCAAGAGGUCGAGGCGCUGAAAGUGUUGAAACAUGAGAACCUGGUGGACAUGGUGGGAUACUCCUGUGAUGGGCAGUACCCGUGUUUGGUGUACGCCUUCAUGGCCAACGGUUCUCUGCUGGACAGACUGGCAUGUUUGGAAGGAAGUCUUCCUCUGUCCUGGAAACAAAGGUGCUUGAUAGCUAACGGCACAGCGAGAGGUUUGGAUUAUUUGCACAGCAACCAUCACGUCCACAGAGAUGUCAAAAGUGCCAACAUCCUGCUGGAUGAAAACCUCGUGGCCAAAAUCUCAGAUUUCGGACUGACGAGAGCCUCGGUUAAGCGCACAGCAACGACCGUGAUGACGGAGAGGGUCGUGGGUACUUGUGCGUACAUGGCCCCCGAGGCGCUGAGGGGGGAAAUUUCGCAAAAAUCUGACAUCUUUAGCUUCGGAGUGGUGCUGUUAGAAAUUCUGUCUGGACUUUCUCCAGCAGAUGAAAACCGCGAGCCCCAGUUUUUGAUGGACAUGAGGUAUGACAUCGAUGAUGAAAACGAGGACCUCACCCUGGAGGCCUUUGUGGACAAGAAGAUGAGUGACUGCGACCUGAGCCUGGCGGAGAGCGUCUACGUUUUGGCCAGCAGCUGUCUCCACGAGAGGAAGAACAGGCGGCCGCUCGUCUCGCAGGUGGUGUCUGAGCUAAAGGGAGUUGUCAAGACCCUUUCACUGGAAUCCUACGCUUAGGACUGAAACACAAGGUGAAUAAUUACAGUACAAUGUGGAUGUACAGCAUAAAUGCAAACCAUGCUUGUUGAUCAAGACUGACGAUACCAAUCAAGUAGUAAACGUGCAUCCUCAUCAAAUAAGUGCAUUAAACAUUUUCAAUUUCAGUGUCAAAAAUCAGUCUUGGAUCUAUUUAGUGACAUAUAGACAUUACAUCAUUACAUAAUGCUCAAAAUCAUGUUUUUCCGCCUCUGACACGUUCACACCAUCUGUAAUACAGAAGACAAUCAUUAGUAGAGAUGUCCGAUAACAUCAGACUGCCGAUAUUAUCGGCUGAUAAAUUCUUUAAAAUUUAGUAUCCGAAAUGACGGGUAUCGGUUUCAAAAUUAAAAUGUAUGACUUUUUAAAACGCCGCUGUACGGAGUGGUACACGGAAAUAGGGAGGAGUACAGAGCGCCAAUAAACCUUAAAGGCUUGUUGACCAAGACUGACGAUACCAAUCAAGUAGUAAACGUGCAUCCUCAUCAAAUAAGUGCAUUCAACAUUUUCAAUUUCAGUGUCAAAAAUCAGUCUUGGAUCUAUUUAGUGACAUAUACACAUUACAUCAUUACAUAAUGCUCAAAAUCAUGUUUUUCCGCCUCUGACACGUUCACACCAUCUGUAAUACAGAAGACAAUCAUUAGUAGAGAUGUCCGAUAACAUCAGACUGCCGAUAUUAUCGGCUGAUAAAUUCUUUAAAAUUUAGUAUCCGAAAUGACGGGUAUCGGUUUCAAAAAUUAAAAUGUAUGACUUUUUAAAACGCCGCUGUACGGAGUGGUACACGGAAAUAGGGAGGGGUACAGAGCGCCAAUAAACCUUAAAGGCACUGCAUUUGCGUGCCGGCCCGAUCACAUAAUAUCUACGAUUUUUCACACACAAGUGAGUGCAAGGCAUAAUUGGUCAACAGCCAUACAGGUCACACUGAGGGUGGCCGUAUGAACAACUUGAACACAGUUACAAAUAUGCGCCAUACUGUGAACCCACACCAAACAAGAAUGACAAACACAAUUCGGGAGAACACCCACACUGUAACAACAUAAACACAACAGAACAAAUACCCAGAACCCCUUGCAGCACAAACUCUUCCGGGACGCUACAUUAUGCACCCCUCGCUACCUCCUACACCCUUCCUCCCACCUCAACCUCCCAAAUUCCAAGCUGCUGUUUUGAGGCAUGUUAAAAAAAAUAAUGCACUUUGUGACUCCAAUAAUAAAUAUGGCAGUGCCAUGUUGGCAUUUUUUUCCCAUAACUUGAGUUGAUUUAUUUUGGAAAACCUUGUUACAUUGUUUAAUGCACCUAGCGGGGCAUCACAACAACAUGAGGCAUAAUGUGAUAAUUCCAAGACUGUAUAUAUCAGUUGAUAUCGGAAUCGGUAAUUAAGAGUUGGGAGAAUAUCGGAAUAUCUGAUACCGGCAAAAAAUCCAUCAUCAGACAUCGAGUUAUAAUUCAAGUAAAGCACAAUGUGGUCUUUCUACUGAGCACGGAUAUCGUGCGGUGACACUUUGAACCCCUCACAAAGGUUUAUACCGGUAUCGGAAUCGGUGAUUAAGAGUUGGACAAUAUAGGAAUAUCAGAUAUCGGUAAAAAACCUAUUAUCGGACAUCUCUAAUCAUUUGUCAUAAUUGGAAGAACCCAGCAUUAUUAUUUGAAGAUCUGUUUUCAUUCAAAGUUUCAGUUAGGUGUGCCCCCAGGGGUCUGUUCGAGGGCCCACCUAUCUAUCUUUGUACUCCCUGGCCCAGCUGUGGUAUUAAACAUGAGCAAAUACUAACCCGGUGUCUGCCAAUAGGUGGUGUCAGAGUCAUUGCUCAAGACACACCUUGGACUGGAACUCAAUCAGGAUGUAUACAGGUGGUGAAAAGUCCAUUCAUGUCAGCCAUUCAGCGUCAAUUGUGAAAAUAUGUGCUAUGAACUCAGUACGUGCAAAGCGAACUAUGUCAAGCUUUUGUCGUUUUGAUGAUCCUGGCUGACAGUUUUCGAGAUUUUCAUAAGCUGUAAGUCAAAAGGAUAUGGAAAGUCUUGAAAUACCUUGAGCUGCAUAUUAUGAGCUUGUGUCAAAAAUUACUUUCACCUUGUAAGUGUAAACAUACCUAAGGACUAAUAUUUUUGAGGUAUGGCGUGUAUAUGCAAUUGCUAACUAAACUGACAAAAACACAAGGAGUGCGACUCCAUGUCCAGCUGAUGUGCAAUUUAAAUAUUUUAUUUUCCUUAAAAAGAAAGUUCUGUAAGAAAACAAAUAAGACCAAACUUGUCUACUUCUAAUGACACUGGAUGAUUACAGGAUGAGGUGAGUGUAGUCGUUAGCCUAAUAAUGGUGAUCAGUAGACGAAUGAGUGGCUGUGGUGACACUUUGAAUAAAUUCCCUUUCCUACUCCUUGG